GACGAAGAAGCAAAGAGUCAUCUCAAGAAAGGAAACCUUGAAAGCUCCGAGCUUUACGUUCAUGUGAAACCAGCACUUGGUGGAACCUUCACCGACAUCGUGAUGUGGAUCUUCUGCCCCUUUAAUGGCCCGGCCACGCUCAAAAUCGGGAUAUUCACGUUACCUAUGAGCCGCAUAGGAGAACAUGUUGGUGACUGGGAACAUUUCACUUUCCGUAUAUGCAACUUCUCUGGUGAGCUUUGGCAAAUGUUCUUCUCUCAGCACAGUGGUGGUGGUUGGGUUGAUGCGUCAGAAAUUGAGUUUGUGAAAGAUAACAAACCGGCUGUGUACUCAUCUAAACACGGACAUGCGAGUUUCCCUCAUCCAGGAAUGUAUCUCCAAGGCUCG